AGCAGGAAGAGAUCGAGCAAAAAAGCUUUCCAUUUUCAGAUGCUCGCCAUUUGGGGGCGCCCCUUAGUCUUCUCCGCUGAAUUUAGCAACCCCUUUUCUUUCUCUCUCUCCCUAUCUUUGGAAAAUCAAAUCCCCAAAAACCAUUCAUUCAUUCAUAGAUUUUAUAUAUAUAUAUAUAUACACAAUACCCAUCUACUGAUUUUUAAGAUACACCACCCACCCAGAGAUUUCCGCAAGGAAACAAAUCUCUCUUCUUUUUCUUUUGGGUUUUAGUCGGUCGAUUGAUUGAUUGAGGGUUUCUUUCUUUCUUUCUUUUCUGUCAAUCAAUCUGUUGUUCUUGUUUUUGUGCCAAUGGGAAGAGGAAAGAUUGAAAUCAAGCGGAUUGAGAAUACAAACAGCAGACAAGUUACUUUUUCCAAGAGGAGAGCUGGACUUCUUAAGAAGGCUCAAGAACUUGGGAUUCUAUGCGACGCUGAGAUCGCUCUCCUUAUCUUCUCAAGUACCGGAAAGCUUUUCGAGUUCUCUAACCACGAUAUGAAUACAACUCUGUUGAGGUAUAACAAGCAUCAAGUUUCUUCAGAUGAUGCUUUAGCAGAAUUUAAAGAAGAGGAAUCUGGGAUCAACAUUCUGAAAGAGGAGAUUGCUGAUUUGAAACGUAAACAAAUGCAGCUAUUGGGUAACGAUCUAUCUGGAUUAGGCUUAAAGGAAUUGCAUUGCCUAGAACAUCAAUUAAGUGAAGGGCUGUUAUCGAUUAAGGAAAAGAAGGAGCUACUAUUGACUGAACAAUCAAAACAAUCUAUGUUUAAGGAACAAGAAGCUACUAUGGAGAAUAAGACAUUACAAAAACAGGUUAAGGAGCUUCAGAGUUUGUUUUCAUUAAGUCCACAUCCAAUGAAGACUAAUUUGGAAUAUUAUCCAUUGGAGAGAGAUUCUAUGGUUCUUCAGAGUAGUGAAAUUGCUAGCGCAGAAUGCAAUUUUUCCGACGAUAAAGGAGAUUCAGAUAUCAAUUUGGAACUUUCGCUGCAGCAGUCAAAUAUUGAUCCGAAAGUAGCUGAGAAAGAGACUCAAAUGAGUAGCUCCGGCAGUAGGAUGACUAUCCGGUAAUAAACAUGUCCAGUUUCCGGCCAUAUCAUCACCUGUACUUGAGUAGAGAGCUUAUUCUUUAGAAUCAACUUUUUUAACUUUGUACCAAUACAAAGGUGUAGUUCUUGUUUCAUGUCUGAUGAUUCUACAAGAAAGACAAACAAGGUAACAACUUUGGAGUUUUGAUCAUGAUUAUAGCUUAAUCUGAAUUAUCUUUGUUUCAAUAACUAUAG